AUGGGUGAUGCUGGUCUUCCCAAGGUACGAGUUGCAAGGCGAUUCGCCAAGUCUAAACAAGAUGUCUGGUCCCUAAUCAAUGAAUUUGCUGUGGCAGCUCCUUUACAGCCUGUUGUAAACAUGAGCCAAGGUUUCUUGGAUGCCGCAAAGGUAGCCAUAGACCAACUCGAAUGCAACCAGUAUGCUGCAACUAAAGGCCGUCUGCGACUUCGACAAGCGCUGUCAAAGACUUAUACUCCACUCUGGGGUAGACAGCUGGAUGCUGCUUCAGAAAUAUGCAUCACCACAGGAGCUAAUGAAGGAAUGCUGAGUGUCUUUAUGGCGUUUCUAAAUCCUGGUGACGAAGUCAUCCUWUUSGAGCCGUAUUUUGACCAAUAUAUAGAUGGCAUCAAGAUGACUGGUGCUUCAUUCAAAUGCGUUCCAUUGCACCCACCGAUCAAGGGCGAGACGGAGGUUUGCUCCUCAUCUGAGUGGACCAUCGAUUUUCAGAAAUUAGAGGAGACUGUUACUCCACUGACCAAGAUGCUCAUUGUCAAUAGCCCGCACAAUCCAACGGGCAAGGUAUUUUCACGAGCAGAGCUUCAGUAUAUUGGAGAUUUAUGUGUCCGACACAAUAUCAUCAUUGCAAGUGAUGAGGUUUAUGACCGCCUAGAUUAUGCUCCUUUCACACAUAUUGCAACCUUGAGUCCUGAAAUCGAACGUUUAACUUUUACCGUCGGAUCCGUGGGCAAAGACUUCUACUGUACAGGUUGGCGUAUUGGAUGGGUGAUUGGGCCUGCGGAUUUGAUAGACCAUGUUGCUGUUGCGCAUCUACGCAUCUGCUACUGCACACCGAACCCUCUACAGGAAGCAGCUGCGGUUGCUUACGAACAAGCUUUAAUCAACGGGUUUUGGCCAAAGACUCGAGCUGAAAUGAGAUCCAAAAUUGACCGCUUCUGCGAAGUCUUUAAAGAGCUUGGUAUCCCUUACUCCAAUCCUCAAGGUGGCUAUUUUGUGCUUGCAAAUAUGGCUAAAGUGCAAAUACCGGCGAACUAUCGAUUUCCUUCUAAGUUACUAGACCGUCGCCGGGACUUUUAUUUGGCGUAUUUCUUGAUUAUGGAACUUGGGAUUGCAUCUAUCCCGCCGUCAGCUUUCUAUUCACCAGAAAAUGAGCAUCUAGCCAAACUUCCAGAAAACGAGCUUGAGAUACCAUUCCAUUAUGCCACUGAAUACAGCGAUGACGAACAUUCGUAUGAGGAGAAGGACGCUCUCUGGAACGCUAUCGAUAUAAGUGAAGGGUUUGUUGCAAUCACACACGAGGAAGCUGACAAGCUUGGCCUGCCAAGGUCAAAAGUCUUUCCUUGGGAUGCCAACAAGGGCAUGUAUGUCAGCCACGGUCACCAUGCCCUACACUGUACGGUUCUACUACAUGCGUAUACCUACGAUGCACAUAUGGGCAAGAAACCACUGGUAUCAUAUCAUCACAUUGAGCAUUGCCUGGAUCUUUUGCGCCAGGAUAUCAUCUGUGACGCAAAUGAUCUGAUGGACUUCACGAAAGACCAUGGUGAGCAGUUUCUAACAGGAGAAAAUCAGCCCCGGAAGUGUCGUGAUUGGGGAAAACUUCGCAAAUGGGUUCAGGAACGUACCGCUUGUUACAAGACUGUUAACAUCACACGCGCUGGAGAAGAUCAUGGAAUAGCUCACCAGUUGGACCGCUAUACUUAUUGUCCACCAGGUAGUCCUUAUGAGCCUCUGAUCAAAGCGUUCAAGGAUCUUGGCCGUGUGAAUACUGGUAACCUUGCAGAAGGCUGGAGCGACUUGACCCCAGAACAAAUUGCAGCCGAUGCUAAAGCCGUGGAGGAACACAACAAUGCUAUCUUGAAUGAUGCAAAGUGA